AUGGCUCUACCGAAGAACAAACCCACACUACAAUCGACAAGUAGCGGAAACUGGACAAGGCCCGACAAUGUACUAUGUACCACGCACACAAUCGACUCAUUCACCCUAUGCGACACCGCACCAAGACGGCGCCCCCCAUGCACUGACCAUGUUCCUAUUUACAGUACCCUAGACCUCCCCAUCCCAAGAGCAUCAACGACGACGACCUAUAACUAUCGAGACGUAGACUGGGAACAGUUUUGCGGAGCGCUCAACAGAAACCUCGCAGAAUACCCCCCUCCGGUCACCAUCACGACAGAAGCCCAAUUCCAAACAGCCGCCACCAAUCUCAGCACCGCAAUUCAACAAACCAUCAAAGAGAAAGUCCCAACGUCAAAGCCCAGUCCCCACGCGAAGAGGUGGUGGACAAAAGAACUAACAUUAAUGAUGAAACAGAAAAACAAGCUAAGUGAUUUAUCGUAUAAGAUGAGAGGACUACCUGAUCACCCCUGUCCAUGA